GGUUGGAAGAGAAAGAAAAUCACAAAAUCAGAGGAGGAGACGAAGAAGACCGAACCCUAUUUCCGACCAUGUCGCAGCCGAAUCUUCUAAGAUCCGUCAUAGCGCAGGCAAUUCACGGAGAGAAAUCGGUUGUGUCUCGACGCAAUUUCUCUUCUUUGCGUAGUAAAUAUGAUGAGAGAGAAAUGUUUGCGAAGACAAAUAGACGUCGUUUAUUGGCUUUUUUAGUGGCUACCUCUCUCAGCUUCCAUCUCUGGGGUAAUGUUGAGUUUUUUUGCUGUUUUGUGGUAAAGAGCAAAAAAAAAACAAAUUCGUUGUAAUUUUUUUUUCAAACAUCAGAAUUUACCAAGAAGAAAAAUGCUCGGCGUGAAGAAAAGAAUGAGGCGAAGAAGGUGCAGCAGGUGGAUCUGGAAGAAUUAAAAUAAGAAAAGAUUAUGUUUGAUGCAGUGAACAAAACGAAUGUUAAUGUGUUUAGUUACUUUAUGUUGGAUUCCCUUUGUGUUUAAAUCCAACAUAACUAAAUGAUAUAUUCAUAGCAGAGGAACUAUCUUGCUCCAGAUAUAUAGAAUUAGUUUACUAAUUGUAAGGAGACACAUUUCAUUGGAAAGAAAUGGGGACAAGUAAUGUUCCAAUUCCUCAUCAUCACCCAACAUGUUGCCAUAUUUAGAUCCGAGUAUGUUUUUUGACGCAUCACUUUGGCAUAUCAUUUCUUUAUCCACCCCCAUUUAGAUUCUAUUAAAGGAAUCUCCAAUGGCUGAAACUUCAGAGAUGGUAAAACUAAGUUUUG